AUGUCCCUAUCUUCCAGAACAGAGAUCAGGCCGGCGUUGUUCGCUCAAUUCAACGAUUUGCCCACGGACAUCCGCCUAUUCGUAUGGGAAUACUGUAUUCCCCUACCUAGGGUGGUCGUUUUAACUCACAGCCCCGUGAAGUCACCUGUAAAUUCUGUGGACGAAGUUUGGGCGUUCAGAUCACAAACUCCAGUUCCUGACAUCUUGUUUGUUGAUCGAGAAUCUUAUCAUAUCGCAACAAGAUUUUAUGAGCGUGCCUUUAUAAAUAGGUACCGCGAAGACACCCAUACUCUUGCCGAAACUUGGUUUGACUUCAAAUGGGAUAUUCUAUACCUGCCUCAGCAACAUAUAACCGCCCAGCUAAGCGAUUUUCUCUCUGCUCUUCCACGAUCAAUUCACGGCAACCAAGAUACAGGAGGCUUUAAUAAAGUGAAGAACCUUGCAUUACCAAUCAGAUGUAUUGAGAUGUUUGAGCUUUCAAAAGCGCGGGAUGCACCCCUUCUAGCUCCAGAACCAUUUCCACCGUACUCUGUUGCAAGGCACAUGGUGGAAAGCGAAAGUUUUGUCGUGGAUGAAGAAGUACUAGAUGUUGAGAGGGAGAAAUGGAAUGAUGAUGUCGCAAGUCGCUCAAAGAGCUUCGCGACUAACAUUACAGAUGAGCGAGAUGGACCUGAUAAAAGACAAUGGGAAAUGCCUAGUUUCGAGACCAAGAUAUUGGUCAGUCGGGACUACCAGGAAGGGUUUGAGGCUCAAAGGCUAGAUUAUCUCAACAUGAUUGAGGGAAAUGUGGAGAGGCACAAAAUCCAGGGACAGCGAUAG